GCCAUCAUCAACAGCACCAUCACCCCCAACAUGACGUUCACCAAGACCUCGCAGAAGUUCGGGCAGUGGGCUGACAGCAGGGCCAACACGGUGUACGGGCUGGGCUUUGCCUCCGAGCAGCACCUGAGCCAGUUUGCAGAGAAGUUCCAGGAGGUGAAGGAGGCAGCUCGUGUGGCCAGGGAGAAAUGCCAGGACAAAACUGAACUCACCAACCCUGCCCUGAGCCUCCCUUCCCACCAGGUGCUGCCCAGCCCCAUCAUCAGCUCCAACGGGCCCGGGGAGGACAAGCUGUUCCGCAGCCAGAGCGCGGAUGUGGAGAUCAGCACCGAGAAGGAGAGGCUGAAGAAGAUGCUCUCCGAGGGGUGAGGCUGCUCUGAGCCCCAAACUCUCCCUUCUGG